AUGGCCGAGGUUCCAGCCCCCAGCCUUCUCCCUGAGUUGGACGUGGCCAUAGACCCAGACUUCGAGCCACAAAAACGGCCACGAUCGUGCACCUGGCCGUUGCCGCGACCCGAGUCCAAUGCUGGGAAACCAGAGAGCAACGAAACUGACAUUAUACCCGAGGAAGAGGAUGACGAAGAGGAACAACAUGCCACUUCCAUGGCCAUCAAUGUUAAUGGCACCAGCUCCAGCCUGGGAGCAGACGACCAGAACAGCAACAGCCCUACGGCCGAAGGACUGCUGUCCGAACAGGAGAACGGAGGCUCCCCGCUCCCCUCCCACUCCCCCACGGCCACCUCUGGCGCACUCAGCACCAGCAGCCCGGGGGUGCAGACCGCACGGAAGUCCUCGUCGCGCAGGAACGCGUGGGGGAAUCUCUCAUAUGCUGACCUGAUAACCAAAGCCAUAGGCAGCACGCCAGACAAGAGAUUGACUCUGUCUCAGAUUUAUGAGUGGAUGGUGAGAUGUGUGCCGUACUUCAAAGACAAAGGCGACAGCAACAGCUCGGCUGGGUGGAAGGUAAGCGACAAACGCUCCCCUCAUCUCCUCAUUCAUUCCCCCCUCCUCCCUCCCCCUGUCAUCAAAACAACAUGUCUCGAGAGUUUGUGCUUUUGGAUGUUCCCUGGCUUUGUUUAUAAACAUACACACACCACACACUCUCUCUCUCUCUGUCGCUCUCUCUCUCUUUCCUAUUGAGCGUGACUCAACUUCGAGUGAACUGUCACAAAUAUGUAACUUUGUAUCAGCAAGCCAGUCUGGACUGUGUCUGUAGCCUAUUUAGAGAGACUUGAAUCAAAUUCGUUUAUGACGCACAGAGAUUGAUACAAUUACAUUUUAGUCAUUUAGCAGACGAUCUUAUCCAGAGCGACUUACAGGAGCAAUUAGGGUUAAGUGCCUUGCUCUUGGGCUCAUCUGACGAUUUUUCACCUAGUCGGCUCGGGGAUUAGAACCAGCGACCUUUCGGUUACUGGCACAACGCUCUUAACCACUAAGCUACAUAAAUCAUUAGACUGUAAAGUCCUACAAUUAAUCCCAAUUUCAUAGUAAAGAACAAAACAUUGCUGGUCGCCAAAAGUGGUUCAACUGUCAGUUCAGAAUGGUAGUUAUAUAUUUGUUACGUAAAUCUUAGGCUAAUGCCUGCGAUCUUCUGGGUCAGGUAGGCUACUGUAGGCCUACUGCCAAGGUUGUUAAAACUGCCGUUGGGCAAUUACAUGACGACUUGGAAUGCUGCAAGCUCGGGUGAACAGCCUGGGGUAAGACUACCUUCAAUGGGGACGCUAUGGUCACAAAGUGCCGAGGGAUGGGACACAUGGUGUCAUGGAUCGAAACUCACUGUGUCAGGGCCGCGUGAAACUUGUCUCGUUGGCCGAAAUUGCCAUACAUUCUCAGGAGGGGAUGAGUUACCUGUGCUCAGGGGGCAAAGGGGGCAGCUGGAGUAGGCCUAUGUGCCGCUCAUGGAAUUUUGGGCAUGGAGGGUCUGGCGGGUAGGGUGCUCAUGUUUCAGUGGACAUUAAAAAAACUGGAAGAUGCAGGAACAUAGAUGUCAUUACUACAUGAUCCCCUUUUGUAGUUCUGUCAUUUUGCGUUUCGAUCACACAGAUUAAUCAGCCGGCCAGGCCAAUGCAGUUCAAUUUAAAACAACCAACGACACCAGCUUUAAGGUAUCAACACGGAAUGGCUACUGGCAUUAGGAAAACAUCCAGUGAAACUGAAGACCACCUUUAGCAGGUGUUCACGCCAACCAUGGUGUUUUCACCUGCUUUCAGUUUGUGAUUUCACUCUCAGACUAUUGGGGUUCAGGUCAGAGCGGUUAGUUUGUCAGCUUAGGUUUCAUGAAGGUGAGGUGGGAGAGCUGGCUUUGUUGAGUAGAUUUGCUCAGCAAAUCCUAAUAAUCCCUGUUGGUUUCUCUCCUCUCACUGAAUGACAUACAUCACUCAGCAGACUCUGGGUCAUGUCUUAUGAUAAAGGAUAUAAAUUAUACAUUUUUCCCAUUCAAUGCUCUUGACACAUGCAUAGGCCUAUAGAGUACCAAAAAACAUACUUGCAUUAUGUAGAUCAGGGGUCUCCAACAUUUUCUACCAUGAGAGCUACUUUAAAAUUAAAAUAAAAUCACAAGCUACUCAUUUUUUUUCUAGCACAUUCUUCUCUUCUCCUCUCCCCUGCAACUCUUCCCUGGGUCCUUAGUGUACAAGAGAAAGUAGUGCACUAUGUUUUCUGUUAAUAUACAUGUAAAAAUAAUGGUUAAUAAACAACCCUAAAGGGGGCCCAUAUCAAAUCUGUGAUUUCUUCCUGCUUUUAGAAUUCUUUAAAUAUUUUUUUUCACUCUCAAAAUUACAAUUGUUCAUAGAGAAACAACGAAAUUGGAUGUUCUGAGUCCAUGUCAAUGGUUAAAUCAUUUUUUAGGUCUGGAAGAAAACAAACACAUUUAUUUUUUAGUGUAAUUCCCCUUUAACUGGGCAUCUGGCCCUUUAAUUGCGUGUCUAGGGAGUGAUGAAUGUGCUGGUCUAGAGAUGGUUCUGUACUGCUGCUGCUCAUUUCAUGGCAAAGUUUGCAAAUAACAUAUACAAAUGAGAUACAGUGGCUUGCGAAAGUAUUCACCCCCUUUACAUUUUUCCUAUUUUGUUGCCUUACAACCUGGAAUUAAAAUGGAUUUUUUGGGGGUUUGUAUCAUUUGAUUUUCACACCAUGCCUACCACUUUGAAGAUGAAAAAUAUUUUUUAUUGUGAAACAAACAAGAAAUACGUUUUUAAAAAACAGAAAACUUGAGCGUGCAUAACUAUUCACCUCCCCCCCCCCCCCCCUCCUCCCCCCCAAAAGUCAAUACUUUGUAGAGCCACCUUUUGCAGCAAUUACAGUUGCAAGUCUCUUUGGGUAUGUCUCUAUAAGCUUGGCACAUCUAGCCACUGGGAUUUUUGCCCAUUCUUCAAGGUAAAACUGCUCCAGCUCCUUCAAGUUGGAUGGGUUCCGCUGGUGUACAGCAAUCUUUAAGUCAUACCACAAAUUCUCCAGCUCAGUGCUUUCUGUGGUGGAGGGGCAGCCAUCGGAAGAUACAGAGCGUAGGGGUUGGUAAUCUUCUCUAGUUGCGCCGUGAUUGGCUUAGUGUUCUGUCAAUCAUGGGGACACUACGUCGCCGCAAAGGCUACAGGAAGAGCUUGAAAGUUCAAGCCCCCUUGGGUGCUGCCAUAGAUUUACAUUAGAAGUGCCCAUCGAAGAAGGCUCAAGGUCAUCGGCCACAAAAUGACGUCAAUUCACGUUACCAUAGCUUUGAUUGGACUGAUCAUGUCUACAUCAUACUUUCAAAAUCUUAGUUAGCAAGCUAGACAAGCAGUCAUCAUCACGUUGACAAUCUACUGGCAAAUCCUUUUCAAUCCUUGUCAUAUGAAGAGAAAUUCUAGAUAAAACGUAUCGGUGCUCAUCAGCCAUUGGACAUAAACAUUACACAACAAGUUGGAAAUCGCAAAUUCAACAAUGAGUGGUUUGGAAGGAAUCAGUGGCUAACUGCAAGCGUUGCAAAGCAAUCCCUAUUUUGCUUCCCCUGCUAUUCAGUGGAGAGGCUGUGUGGUCCAAGUCUGGGUUUAAGGGUCUCUUUUCCAAGCUUAAAAGGAUAAACAUUCACACGCAACUAGGGCUGUAGCGGUCACGAAAUUUCAUCAGCUGGUGAUUGUCAAGCAAAUAGCUGUCGGUCUCACGGUAAUUGACCAUGAAUUAACAUAAACACAUUUAGCAUCUCCAGGGUCUCCACACAUAGCCUACAAGCCAUUUUUAAAAGUAUAAUAAAUCCAUGUAAUAUAGCCUACUCCUUCACAAUAAAUCCAUUAUUUAUUUUAGACAGGUCUAAAGAAGCAUGAUAUGAAUACAAUUUAGUCUAUUUCAGAAGAAAAUAAUAGCAUAGUCUGAGUUGUCCUUAUGUGGCUGUGCCAAAUGGCUGUGGGCUACACUAGUUCAUUUAGCAGACAAGAGUUGCUUAUAAUUCUGUGGCAUUAUUUUAUAUUAUUUUAUAGUAUGAGGAAUACAAUUGAACAAAGUUGAAUAAAAUAUAAAUAUUUUCUCCAAACGAUUUGAGGGAGUGCGCACAUGCGGCUAUUCUGUGUUGAGCGGUUAACAAAGAAAUAGGUACUCCUAUAUGCUUAAUUUAGAGUUAUUAAUCUAACUUUAGUUAUUCUACAAACGUUGGGCUAUAUGUUUCGAUUUUUAAUACAUUGUAAGGCUGCAUGAUGAGACUCUAAUGAUGAUUUGAAAAAAGUCGCAUGAAAGGCAUGAGCUCUGCUUUGUUUUUUUUUGUGCAGGCUGUACACAGUCCAAUAGUCUCUCAUUCACAAUUUGACAAGCACUUGAUAAUGCCUCAAAUUUCACGGCUGCAUCCCCUUUGUGGCCGUAAUGCACCCUAAAAAAAUCCAUGCCUUUUGCGGCCCGGAGUGCAGCGUUGUGCCCUUCUCCCUGAGUGUGCUGUGCAAUCCAAAGCGUCUCUAACUCACAUGGCUCUCCGUCACGUGAUCGGGUCUUUUUCACAGGUUACAAUUUAAGACAGACACAUCGGGGACGCAACUUUGUGAGUCCUUAUCCAAUUCCGAGGUGCAUAUUGAAGAUAUUGAAAGAACUGUCCACAUUUACUUUUUGUCAGCCAACAAGAUGAGUAGGCCUAACGAACAGCAAAAGCUCUAGCCUAUGUCAAUCUACUAUCCCCCAUAGUACAAAAGUUGACCUAUUCUAUUCUGUGCAAAAAAAUUACUUUUCCAAACAUAGUCUGCGACAGUUGUGGGAUGCGAUAGAUUCCAAAUUAAUACAACCACUAGCAUCAAACAUUUUUUUAAAUGCAAUGUGGCUGAUGCAACAGAUCAGAACGUUUAGCUUAAAAUGUUGAUAAACUUUAGGCUAUUUCUUCACAUUACAGUGCCUUGCAAAAGUAUUCCUCCCCCUUGGUGUUUAUCCUAUUUUGUUGCAUUACAACCUGUAAUUUAAGUGAAAACAGAACUUGAGCGUGCAAAACUAUUCACCCCCCCCCAAAGUCAAUACUUUUUAGAGCCACCUCUUUUAUGUUUUUUUACCCCAUAUGUAACUCUGUGUUGUUUUUAUUGCACUGCUUUGCUUUAUCUUGGCCAGUUCGCAGUUGUAAAUGAGAACCUGUUCUCAACUGGCUUACCUGGUUAAAUAAAGGUGAAAUAAAAAAAUAAAAAACCUCAGCUGCAAGUCUCUUGGGGUAUGUCUCUAUACGCUUGGCACAUCUAGCCACUGGGAUUUUUGCCCAUUCUUCAAGGCAAAACUGCUCCAGCUCCUUCAAGUUGGAUGGGUUCCGCUGGUGUACAGCAAUCUUUAAGUCAUACCACAGAUUCUCAAUUGGAUUGAGAUCUGGGCUUUGACUAGGCCAUUCCAAGACAUUUAAAUGUUUCCCCUUAAACCACUCGGGUGUCGCUUUAGCAGGAUGUUUAGGGUCAUUGUCCUGCUGGAAGGUGAACCUCCGUCCCAGUCUCAAAUCUCUGGAAGACUGAAACAGGUUUCCCUCAAGAAUUUCCCUGUAUUUAGUGCCAUCCAUCAUUCCUUCAAUUCUGACCAGUUUCCCAAUCCCUGCCGAGGAAAAACAUCCCCACAGCAUGAUGCUGCUACCACCAUGCUUCACUGUGGGGAUGGUGUUCUCGGGGUGAUGAGAGGUGUUGGGGUUGUGCCAGACAUAGCGUUUUCCUUGAUGGCCAAAAAGCUGAUAUGUUUGGGGAGUCUUCCACAUGCCUUUUGGUGAACACCAAACGUGUUUGCUUAUUUUUUUCUUUAAGCAAUGGUUUUUUUCUGGCCACUCUUCCGUAAAGCCCAGCUCUGUGGAGUGUACGGCUUAAAGUGGUCCUAUGGACAGAUACUCCAAUCUCCACUGUGGAGCUUUGCAGCUCCUUCAGGGUUAUCUUUGGUCUCUUUGUUGCUUCUCUGAUUAAUGCCCUCCUUGCCUGGUUCGUGAGUUUUGGUGGGCGGCCCUCUCUUGGCAGGUUUGUUGUGGUGCCAUAUUCUUUCCAUUUUUUAAUAAUGGAUUUAAUGGUGCUCCGUGGGAUGUUCAAAGUUUGAGAUAUUUUUUUAUAACCCAACCCUGAUCUGUACUUCUCCACAACUUUGUCCCUGACCUGUUUGGAGAGCUCCUUGGUCUUCAUGGUGCUGCUUGCUUGGUGGUGCCCCUUGCUUAGUGGUGUUGCAGACUCUGGGGCCUUUCAGAACAGGUGUAUAUAUACUGAGAUCAUGUGACACUUAGAUUGCACACAGGUGGACUUUAUUUAACUAAUUAUGUGACUUCUGAAGGUAAUUGGUUGUACCAGAUCUUAUUUAGGGGCUUCAUAGCAAAUGGGGUGAAUACAUAUGCACGCACCACUUUUCCAUUAUUUAUUUAGUAGAAUUUUUUGAAACAAGUUAUUUUUAAAAUGUCACUUCACCAAGUUGGACUGUUUUGUGUAUGUCCAUUACAUGAAAUCGAAAUAAAAAUCCAUUUAAAUUACAGGUUGUAAUGCAACAAAAUAGGAAAAACGCCAAGGGGGAUGAAUACUUUUGCAAGGCACUGUAUCUUCAUCUCCAUGGUGGCCUCUUUAAACUAUGCACUCUGCUCUAGAAUGAUGUGGUGGUGGGUAAUUUACCAAUUUUGUUUUUGUGGUUUCUCUCUUAUUUCCCCUUUAAUCACACUUUUGAGAGCACCGUCUUCUUAAUGCACCUUUUGUUUGACAUUGCACAAUGCUCUUCUUAUUGGCACCUUGUGUCUUACAUUGCACUAUUUUCCUCUUGGGAUAUUUCCUCUUGUGAUUGUCACCUGGGGGAAAAAAUACACUACCAGUCAGAUGUUUGGACAUACCUACUCAUUCAAGGGUUUUUCUUUAUUUUUACUAUGUUUUACAUUGUAGAAUAAUAGUAAAGACAUCAAAACUAUGAAAGAACACAUGGAAUCAUGUACUAACCAAAAACGUUUUAAACAAAUCAAAAUAUAUUUUAUAUUUGAGAUUCUUCAAAUAGCCACCCUUUGCCUUGAUGACAGCUUUUACAGUGGCUUGUUUUCUCCUGCAAUUGCAUUGCUUAUAGAAAUGUUCCGCAACAUGAGCUCAUGGGCUCUCAUGAAGUGUUUGAUUAGAUUUUCGAAAACAUUUGCAUUGAUGUCAGAGUGAUUAGAGGGACAAUAGAGUGCUGAGUACCAGGCAGUUUGGUAGGUUACUAAUGACCAGCAGCAGCAUCAGAGCUUGGAGAAGCCUAAUUUCCGGGACUAAACAGUCAUGUGGAAUUUGACUGCCUUCAUGACUCGUGACCGCCGGUGUGGCGGUAAUACGGUCACCGCAACAGCCCUACACGCAAUACCAUGGGCCAGAAAAGGUUGAAUACAUUGGCCAUGCUGUCAAGCCAGCGUGACUUCUGCCGCGUUCAAAACAACUGGGAACUCGGAACUGGGAAAUCUCAGACUUCAGUGAGUUCAAGACCACUGGGAACUCGGGGAAAAACGAGCUCAGACUGGGAAAAUACGUUUUGAACGGUCAUCCAACUCGGAAUUCCAAGUCGGGAACUCGGGUCUCUUUCUAGAGCUCCUACCUGAAGAUCAUUGACGUCAUGGUUCAACCUUGUUUUUUUCUGAGUUCCCAGUUGUCUUGAAAGCACCAUAAAUCCAGAGAAUGCCAGUCUUUGAUGACGAAGUUUCAUGACAAAAUUUGCCCACACAAAGGACCGCCACGCCACUUUCCUGUUCAAGUGAGUACAGCACAACUGUGAGUCCAAAAAUUUAUGUGUAUGUUGUGUAGUAAGCUGUUAGUAGCCCAUGUGCCUCACCCUAAUAAUUGGGUCCCUUUCCCCCUCAUAAUUUAGCCUACUGUUCUGACUUACAUUUACAUUUUAGUCAUUUAGCAGACGCUCUUAUCCAGAGCGACUUACAGUUAGUGAGUGCAUACACUUUCAUACUGGCCCCCCAUGGGAAACGAACCCACAACCCUGGUGUUGCAAGCGCCAUGCUCUACCAACUGAGCUACAGGGGACUUGGUGGUGCACAUGUAGCCUAUAGCCUGUUCUAGAGAAAUGUCAUCAUUUAAUAUUGUAAGAGCUUUCAUUGUCUGCUUAUAUGCCCCCUUUAUUAAUCCUACGGUUCUGACUUGGUGUACAGGGAGAAUACUGUAAGAAUGACCCAUGUUCUGAAUUCUGUCGCUGUACAUUUCAAAAGUGCUGAACAAAUAGUUAUAUUGACUAUGUCCAUCUUAGCUCACUCAUUAAUGUCUUAAUCGAAAUUAAGGAUUGCCUCUUAUCCGCUCAUCAUUCCCUUAUGCCAUAGUUUGUACAUCUCAAUUGUCAGUAGAAAUAACAUUUGUUUAAGCAAGUCAGCCAGAUCAGCUAUGUCAGUAAAUGAGGCUGAAUGAACUGUUUCGCUGCCAGGCAAGGCUCCACUGAUAGCCAGGUGUAGCGGUGGUAAGGAUUCACUCCAUGGUGCCGAAAAGAAAGCUCUGCCGUUGGGACAGCUUUAUGUAGGCCCUAACAGUUUGUGGGCACCGUUUGGCACCAUUUUAGUGCAAUUAAUGUAUUGUUUAGUGUUGUGUUGUGUAGUGGCUUUGCUGGCAUGCAUCCCACAAUUAUUUUGUUUUGUUUGCUCCACCAAGAUUUACAUGCUAAAAUCACCACUGGAAGUCAGUCUUUCUUGCAACAAAUUCCAUGGUAGACUCUAGUUGCUCCACAGGGAAUGUAACAGCUUGACUCCUGUCUGGAGGGAGAGGUCUAGUUUGGAGUUGCCAAAUACCUCAACUCCUCCAUGGAGUUGAGCGCAGACUAGAGUUUUUGAAAUGAACCUCUGACUCCUUCAAGUCGCUAUGUUGAAAUCCAUACUUUUGAAUAAAAUGUUAAUCAAAUACAACCACUGACUGUUUCCUCAUUGUUGUUGCUCUAAGAUGGCAACUCAGCACGAAUGUGCACGUGCCAAUUGAAUCUCAACAAGGAAACAGUUGGUGGUUGUAUUUGAUAAAGUCUGGAUCUCAGCAAACAAAGAAAGGCACGCAACAACAGAGGACAAAGAUAGGUACACAGUAAGGGUUUAUGAAUGUACAUUUUUGAUGUAUCGAUGCAUAGCGAGUCGGAGUUUCAUUUCAAAAGCUCUAGUCUCCGUUCAACUCCACGGAGGAGUUGAGGUACUUCACAAAGUUUGGAGCUGCUGUUGAAAUGUGUGCCAAGGGUAGCUAUGGCAGAAGAAAGGGAGAGCGAGAGACCAAAAUAGGGCCUGUAAACAUGCCUGUAGUGCAGUUAAGUGUGUGUGUGUGUGUGUGUGUGUGUUUGUCUGUGUGUGUGCGUUUGUCUGUGUGUGUGUGUGUGUGUUCCUGGCGCUGCCCCAGUGAACUUUGGGCCCCUGUGUUACUUAAGCCUGAUGCAACAGGUAGCUCAGAGUCUAGCCCCCCUCAACAGCUGCAGAGCAGAGGGCCAGUCUCAGGCUCAGUUAUGUCACUGAUGUGGAGCAGGGCUAUAAAUACACACACACACACACACAUAUACAUACACAUCCACUGUUACUAAAUAAACACACGUAUACAAACUCACAGAUACACACAAAUGUAAAUAAGGAAAUCCACCCAAUGUUCCAGUUCUCACACGCGUACUGUGUAGUACAUUCCAGCACACACAGACAUGCACAGACACAUGUUCAUUAUCUUGAAAACACCUCACACACACACACACACACACUCACCUAGUUUCCACUUUCAAGGAUAAUUUUGUGUGUGUGUAUACUGUAUUAAGCUGUAGGGAACAUCGUUGUUGAAGUACAAUUAAACUAUAACUCAUCCAUUCAUUUGUCACAAAGUAAUUUAUUACUGUGUUAUUGCAGCAUAUGCCCCCCCCCCCCAGUCCUAGACUGCAUCCCACCUCACCUCCAACCUCCAUUUGGUCAGGGGGCAUACAGUAUAUGAAAACGUACCCCUAUAAACCAGCAGAGAUAGAUGGUGAUUAUCAUUUUAAUGGACUUCCCUUCCCUCUCCAUGCUGUAUGUGUAGAUUCUCCAGCCCCAUAAUGAUUAGUGCUCCUAUCAAGACAGGGAGGAGGAUGCCACUGGGGAGGGAGGGAUCGAGGGAGGGAGAAAAAUGAAAGAAGGGGAUGAACAAAAGCCAUUAGGCCUUUAUCGGAUGUCUCUCUGUGAAGACGGGACGGGAGUAUGGUUUGGAGGUUGUUAUGGUGCUGACAGCACCCCUCUGCUGUCAGUGUCUGUGUACAAAAGACAGGCUGAUGGCUUUCAGUCUGUAGUCAUAGAGACAGGCAUUAACAAUUAACGUCUAUUCUAUAGAAAGGCAUUGAAAAGCAAUGCCACUGUGGUGAUUUAGCAAUGUGACAGGUUGAUAGCAUAUUGUCAUGGCUUCUGUAAGACCAGCAGCAUAGAACCACCAAUGAUAUGGGAGGCUAGUAUAGGUAUAAUGAGAUUGUAAGGAAAAUGUAACCAACCACUAGUUUGGAACAAUUAUGAUUUGCAUGUGCAUGCAACCUGGCUGUGGGAGCACUAUCCACGAGACUCCUUAAAGACUUUACACUGCCAAUCUGGAGGAAUUGAAGCAAAAUAAAUAAAGGGGGAGGGAGAGGAGAGGGGUUGGAGCAGAGAGAGUAAAUGAACAAGCUUUGCUCCAAAUUGCUGUAUUACAGCUGCCCUUUGGCAGUGACCCCCAAUACAAGGGACUCUGGGUGUUUUGAGGGGGGUAGGGGCGCUAGGUUAUGGGAACCAAUUGCUCCAGGGCUUCUUUCUCCUUCUCCUCUGAAUAGUGUCACACUCUCUGAACAGUGCACCUGCAUCUAUAUUACAGUCCCACAUUCUAAUCAAUGGUGCUGUUUAAUUGGCUGCCCCAGGGACAAGCUGCAUGUUACAUUAGCAUUUGACAGUUUACAUCUAUGUUAAUUACUUUUGUUUCUGUAGCAGAGUAGGCCUAUAAUGUCAUUGUGUUGUCGUGAUGGUGUAUGGCUGAAGAGGUGCGGGGACAAUGAUCUUACUGAUGAUGAGGUCAUAUUGACAGGUCAGGUAGUGAGAGGGCUUGACAUUUACAGAGCUGACCGUUUGAUGCCUCUCUCUCUCUUUCUUGCUCGGUCGCUCUCUGGGUACAGUGCAUGUGAGUGUCCCCCCAUUUGUUGCAAUUUGAACUGACUGACAAGGGUGCAUUAAAAAGGAUGAUUUUUACUGUUCAGUGCAGUAAUGUUCCCCUUGCCUGGCAACCCAGACUCCUUUCUCCAGCCAAACGCCACGCCCUCGGACGUUAGUUUCUUCUUCGCAAUGAGUCUGGAUCUGAGUACCUCCCCGACCCUUCAACGAAUGCGAACACAUUUGGGGCCAUCUGAUUGGUCAAGAAACUGAUGGGUUGGGCCAGAACAUAAAUGGGUAAAGCGGUGGUUUGAAAUGUCAUCAUUGGCUUUGAUACUUUGAUUGGUUAGAGACGAUCCAAUCGCUGAUUACUUUGUUUUGUACAACACCCCUCGUGCCCCUCGUCACCACAAUGAUGGCUUUAGUCUCAGACUAAAGUAUGUAGCAAACGACAGGACAGCGGAAGAAUUUAGUGCGAGUUGUCAGGCCAAUGUUCCCCAUCCUCUCUAUUCUAACCCAUGUCACACGGAUCUGCUCUGUUCAAAGCUACUUCUCAAUUAUUCAAUGCUCUCUGGAUUAAUUCAGAUCACUGUAUACAUUUUUAAGAACGUGUUCUUGGCUGAAGGGAAGGCUUACCCUCUCACACUGUAUUCUCUCUCUCUCUCUCUCUCUCUUCUCUCUCUCUGCUCUCUCUCGCCUCUGCUCUCGCUCUCCCCUUUUCGUCUCUCGCGCGUCUGCUCUUCUCCUCUUCUCCCUAUCUCUUCCUCUCUCUCCUUCUCUCUCUCCGUCUCACUCUCUCUCUCUCUCUCUCACACACACACACACACACACACACACACACACACACACACACACACACACACACACACACACACACACAACACACACACUGCCAGCCCCCUAAUUUGGCUGGAUGCAAAAUGGUGAAGUGAGCAAAAACAAGUUGUCCCCCAUAGCAUUUCUGCUCACCACAAGCAGAACCCUUGAAGUCUACUGUAGCCUCUAAUGAAUGAAGAUCCACCUCCUACAGCUCUCUGUCUCUGCACUACUCUCCCAUUGUUAGUCUCCAUGACUCGAUUCCAUAUUUUUGUUGUUGUUGCCAUCAACCAAAAGGAAGAUUCAUUCCAAAAUGGAUGGCAAAGGUGUGUGUGUGUUCCCUCUGUGUGCUCUGUGGAAGAGCCAAGCCUCAGAUAGGAUCUCACUAACAAUCACUCUCAUCAUGUCUCACACACUGAUUACACUAAAGACAGGGUUGUGGUUAGACUGAUUACACUAAAGACAGGGUUGUGGUUAGACUGAUUACACUAAAGACAGGGUUGUGGUUAGACUGAUUACACUAAAGACAGGGUUGUGGUUAGACUGAUUACACUAAAGACAGGGUUGUGGUUAGACUGAUUACACUAAAGACAGGGUUGUGGUUAGACUGAUUACACUAAAGACAGGGUUGUGGUUAGACUGAUACACUAAAGACAGGGUUGUGGUUAGACUGAUUACACUAAAGACAGGGUUGUGGUUAGACUGAUUACACUAAAGACAGGGUUGUGGGUUAGACUGAUUACACUAAAGACAGGGUUGUGGUUAGACUGAUUACACUAAAGACAGGGUUGUGGUUAGACUGAUUACACUACAGACAGGGUUGUGGUUAGACUGAUUACACUACAGACAGGGUUGUGGUUAGACUGAUUACACUACAGACAGGGUUGUGGUUAGACUGAUUACACUACAGACAGGGUUGUGGUUAGACUGAUUACACUAAAGACAGGGUUGUGGUUAGACUGGCACGCACAGGUGGAAAACCUUACUCUGUGUGUGUGUGCCCGGUUUCUGUCACACAGAAUAAGGUUUUCCACCUGUAGUGUAAACAGUGUGUGAGACAAUUGUUGAUGGGAGCGAAUGUUAGUGAGAUCCUAUCUGAGGCUUGGCUCUUCCACAGAGCACACAUGGGGAACACACUCACACUUUUGCCAUCCAUUUUGGAAUGAAUCUUCAUUUUGUCGAUGGCAACAACAACAAAAAUAUGGAAUCGAGUCAUGGAGACUAACAAUGGGAGAGUAGUGCAGAGACAGAGAGCUGUAGGAGGUGUAUCUUCAUUCAUUAGAGGCUACAGCAGACUUCAAGGGUUCUGCUUGUGGUGAGCAAAAGUGCUAUGGGGGACAACUUGUUUUUGCUCACUUCACCAUUUUGCAUCCAGCCAAAUGAGGGGGCUGGUGGUGGGUGUGUCUCUUGUUGCACUCCCUCUACGCAUGGCACAUGGUCUUACAGUAUGUCCAAUCUAUUCUAAUUAAUUAAAUCAUAAUAACAAGCAUGCUUUAACAAGCAGAGACGUUUCACUGUGCUGCCGUAUUUAGGCCUAUUGUAAUAAUGGUGCAUCUCAAACAGUAGUGGCUACGAGUCCCAAUUCACCCGUUUUACAUAUGUCUUGGAGACUAUACAGUCCACCCCUCCUAGUUAUAGCUGGUUUGUUUAUAUGAAACAGGAAAUGAGCAGUGCUUAACAGGAAGUAUUGCUGGGCAGGAGCAGGAUCGAGACCAUGGCCAACCGUGAGAAGAAGCACAGGCUCCUUUAAUGACCCUCAAGUUACUACCUUCCCCUCUGAACCUGUCACUGUGUGUGUGUGUGUGUGUUUGCAUGCACGCUCUGGCUAUGAUCUCUCUCUCUCUCUCUCUCUCUCUCUCUCUCUCUCUCUCUCUCUCUCCUCUCUCUCUCUCUCUCUCUCUCUCCCAGUCCUCUCUCCCAGUCCUCUCUCCCAGUCCUCCCUCCCAGUCCUCCCUCCCAGUCCUCUAUGUAGCGUCUGUGCACUGUGAGUCUGUGGCGCCAUGGUGAUGGUCUGAAUAAUGUGUCAUUUUAAAUCCCUGGUCUGGGGUGAUGUAACGCUCUGCAGGGUGAUGUGCACAAGUCACGCAAUGCUGAGGUCGCCUCUGCUCCACUCCUCUACUUGCCUGGUAAAUUCCUGUGGUGCUCCCCCUCACCCCAGUGCUUCACUUAGACAUAUUUGAUUAAUUACACACAGACUGGUGGGUGCUGGGGUUAAAAGGGGGGUUGGGGGAGGGGGUAUGGGGGUAUGGGGGGUAGAAUGAAUGGUAUGGCAUGGGUAUAGGGCAUUGUUCAUUUUGGAAUUCUUUUUUUUUUAGAUUUAGUCUUAGUCAUUUUUACUAAAAUAUCAUUAAGUCUUCAUUUGAAUAAUGAUUUAGUCUAGUUAUUGUCAAACUAAAUGCCCUUAUAUUUUUGUCACAUCACUAUUUUUAAAAUAACUAUACUGUAUAUGGAAGAAAUGUUGUAGUAGUUUUUACCCUCAUUUUCUCCCCAAUUUCGUGAUUACGAUCUUGUCUCAUCGCUGAAACUCCCCAAUAGGCUCGGGAGAGGCGAAGGUCAUGCGUCCUCUGAAACAUGACCCGCCAAGCCACGCUUCUUAACAUCCGCUCGCUUAACCCGAAAGCCAGCUGCACCAAUGUGUCGGAGGAAACACUGUUCAACUGACAACCGAAGUCAGCCUGCAGGUGCGAUGAGCCAAGUAAAGCCCCCCUGGCCAAACCCUCCCCUAACCCGGACGACACUGGGCCAAUUGUGUGCCGCCCUAUGGGACUCCCGGUCAUGGCCGGUUGUGACACAGCCUGGGAUCAAACCCCAGGCUGUAGUGAUGCCGCAACACUGCGAUGCAGUGCCUUAGACUGCUGUGCCACUCGGGAGGCCCUUCACAUCACAUAGUAAACAGAAAUCACUGACUUCCAUGUGCACAUGUCCUACCAACAUAUUUUUCUGCAUAACAUCCUAUUGCAUGUUUCUCUUCCCAACAGCCAAGUUGGCUGAAGAACACAUUACUCUGCAGCAGAUCAAAAACCACUCCCCUUGACAUACUGUAGCUAUACUGUAAUCAAAGUUCUGUCAUAAGUAGUGGUAUGGUAGGUUGCAGCAAACUAACUAGCUAGCAUUAUCAAUCUGUUAUUACCUGAGCGUAUAGAGUGCAUUCGGAAAGUAUUCAGACCCCUUGACUUUUUCCAUUUAGUGGAGUUACAGCCUUAUUCUAAAAUUGAUUAAAUUGUUUUUUUCCCCUCAUCAAUCUACACACAAUACUCCAUAAUGACAAAGCAAAAACUGGUUUUUAGAAAGGUUUGCAAAUUUAUAAAAGAAAAAAAAACUGAAAAUCACAUUUACAUAAGUAUUCAGACCCUUUGCUAUGAGACUCGAAAUUGAGCUCAGGUGCAUCCUGUUUCCAUUGAUCAUCCUUGAGAUGUUUCUACAACUUGAUUGAAGUCCACCUGUGGUAAAUUCAAUUGAUUGGGCAUGAUUUGGAAAGGCACACACCUGUGUAUAUAAAAAGGUCCCACAGUUGACAGUGCAUGUCAGAGCAAAAACAAAGCCAUGAGGUCGAAGGAAUUGUCCGUAGCGCUUCGAGACAGGAUUGUGUUGAGGCACCGAUCUGGGGAAGGGUACCAAAACAUUUCUGCAGCGUUGAAGGUCCCCAAGAACACCAUUAAGACUCUUCCUAGAGCUGGCCGCCCGGCCAAACUGAGCAAUCGGGGGAGAAGGGCCUGGGUCAGGGAGGUGACCAAGAACCCAAUGGUCACUCUGACAGAGUUCCAGAGUUCCUCUGUAGAGAUGGGAGAACCUUCCAGAAGGACAACCAUCUCUGCAGCACUCCACCAAUCAGGCCUUUAUGGUAGAGUGGCCAGACUGAAGCCACUCCUCAGUAAAAGGCACAUGACAGCCCGCUUCGAGUUUGCCAAAAGGCACCUAAAGGACUCUCAGACCAUGAGAAACAAGAUUCUCUGGUCUGAUGAAACCAAGAUUGAACUCUUUGGCCUGAAUGCCAAGCGUCACGUCUAGAGGAAACCUGGCACCAUCCCUACAGUGAAGCAUGGUGGUGGCAGCAUCAUGCAGUGGGGAUGUUUUUCAGCGGCAGGGACUGGGAGACUAGUCAGGAUCGAGGGAAAUUUGAACGGAGCAAAGUACAGAGAGAUCCUUGAUGAAAAUCUGCUCCAGAGUGCUCAGGACCUCAGACUGGAGCGAAUGUUCACCUUCCAACAGGACAAUGACCCUAAGCACACAGCCAAGACAACACAGGAGUGGCGUCGGGACAAGUCUCUGAAUGUCCUUGAGUGGCCCAGCCAGAGCCCGGACUUGAACCCGAUCGAACAUUUCCGGAGAGACCUGAAAAUAGCUGUGCAGCGACGCUCCCCAUCCAACCUGACAGAGCUUGAGAGGAUCUGCAGAGAAGAAUGGGAGAAACUCCCCAAAUACAGGUGUGCCAAGCUUGUAGUGUCAUACCCAAGAAGACUUGAGGCUGUAAUCACUGCCAAAAGUGCUUCUACAAAGGACUGACUAAAGGAUCUGAAUACUUAUGUAAAUGUGAUAUUUACGUUUUAUAUUUUCAAUACAUGUGCAAAAAUGUCUAAAAAAAUGUUUUUGCUUUGUCAUUGUGGGGUAUUGUGUGUAGGUUAAUGAAAACAAACAAACAAUUGAAUCCAUUUUAGAAUAAGGCUGUAACGUAGCAAAAUGUGGAAAAAGUCAAGGGUUCUGAAUACUUUCCGAAUGCAAUAUAUAUUGGGAUGAUGUGCUUUCAGAUGUCUCUUGAGGUUGGUAGUAUUUUUCCCCGUCAACUUGUGGGUUCAAACACUGUCUUCUCCUGUGGAAAUUUGCAUUCGGUCUUGUUUGAAUCGACACAUUAAGUAAAGUGGCUCCAAACGUCACGUAGGCCCUUUUUCUACCUGGAGUUUGUACCACCGGAAGAGUAGCCGUGGUGUGUGCCUUUAUUUGCAUCAAUGAUUUGUUGCCGGCAGAUUGGAGAAUGGUUGCAGGGAAGAGAGGUGACUCGUGAGUGAAUGACCUGGGCAUGGUAUUUAUUUUCCACCAAUACCAGCAUUGCAACAUUGCAAUGAGAAAGCCUUACAAUUCUGCUAAUGUCAUGCAUGCUUUUGAUUGGACCAAACAAAUAACACUGAAAAUCUCUCCAAAAAUCUUGUCCAGUCCACUUACUAGUCAGAUUUUAGUCACAGAGAUCAUUUUGUCUCGUGUCGUUUCUGUCAACCAAUUUUUUAAUUUUUUUUCUGGGUCUAUUUAAUCAGUUAUCUCUUCAAUUGCCAAUGAAACAUAGGUGUUUGAUGAAUAGUUUCAUAACUUUUUUUGUUGGCAAAAUUAACACUGGUAUAGGGUGGGCUUAAUAUCUGGUGGGUAACCCAAUAGUGGCACUUACCGUGUGGGCCCCAAAUAGCCGCCUGGUACACACACACACACACACACACACACACACACACACACACACACACACACACACACAGAGAGAGAGACACAUACUCACACUCCCACAUUCCAGCAAUCCCUAGUCUUUGAGUAAAUUAAAGUUAUCAUUUGAGGCUGGGUUUUUAAACGUUUAUUUGUUUUCUUCUGAGCCUGUCUCUCCAUAUUACACCACUCCACCUAGCUGCCAUUACCCAGCUGAGGGAGAGAAAGGGAAGGGAGGGGGAGCUAAAUUGUGUCAUUGAAAUUACAAUAAAGCUAGCUUUCUGUAUCAGAGUGUGUGAGAGAGAGACAGAGAGCGAGGGAAAAAUAUACUUUAAUGAAAGGAGACAUGGCUUUGUGCUGCCAUUUAAUCACAGAGGGAGAAAAAAAGUGAUUGUUCAGAAAAUAAUUGCUUUGUCUCACUCCCUCACUCCCACCCUCCUCUCUCUGACAGCAGCAUAGGGUUACAGUGCUGUGUGUGAUCUGAUGGGGGUAUCUGUUGUUCCCCAAUGCUGCCGUGAUUCAUGUGGGUCAGGAGACAAGGGUGGUGGAAUGAUAUUGUUGCCACCUGUAACUUUGAAUGCAAGGGAAGCCAGUGACUAUUUGGUCUCCCUUGAUACAAUAAUAGACAAUCAGCGUUGAGCUAAACUGAGUGAGCUCAACUGUAAAUGGUCCUGGCAUACCAAAAAAAAGUGUCAAGGCAAGCCUGUUUGGAUUUGGCUUCACACCAAUCACAUCACAUCAAGCCAAACAUCAUUGACAGAAAGAAACUUGAAUUGUUGCAUCUCGUUGUGUUGUUGUCCUCCGGUGGCUAGCUAGCUAGCUAAAAAUGGCCCUUUCCUAAAUUAGACAAGUAGGGUGAGUCAACAUGAUUUUUUCUACUUACACACACACACACACAAAUCAGUACCAUGGACAGCCACAUAAUAUUUAACUUACGUUGAUUGGACUAAAUCGUUUUUGGAAUCUUUUAGUUGUCACUAUAUUAGACUAAGCAUAGGUGAUUUAAUGAUGCUGACAUGUUGAAAUGGUGCUGGAAUAGUGGAGGCAGCUGUUUUCUUUGCGACUUGCGGUUACUCUCUGGUGCUCUAAAUCAAUAGUUGUUUAGUAGCCGAAAAUGUUGGAAACAUUAACUUGGUUGAACAUGCUGUAGGUCAUGUAACUGUUUGUUACAUGCAAUAUGCUUUGUGUGUCACGACUUCCGCCGAGGCUGCCUCCCCUCCUUGUUCGGGCAGGCUUCGGCGUUCGUCGUCACCGGCUUACUAACCACUGCCGCCCCAAUUAUCAUCAUCACAUUUGUCUUGUCUUGUCAAUCACACACACCUGGUUCUUAUCCCCUCAUUAGUCCGUGUAUACGUGUUCCCUCUGCCCCCUUGUCCUUGUGGGUGAUUGUUUGAAUGUGAGAGUAGUGUAGCUUGGUGGAGCUACUCGUACUAUUUUGUUGCCAGGGGUAGAUAUUUCCCCUGUGCCUAUGUAUUGUUGGAUCUACCGGUACAGUGUAUUGCCAGGGUAGAUAGUUUCCCCUGUGCCUGUUUUGUUUGUCGCUAUUCCAGCGUAUUUUGUGUAACGAAGGAAUAAACUCUGUAUUCGGGGAUUACCCUCCUGCACCUGACUCCUUCCAUCACACUCAUCACAUUGUGGACUCCACCGGACAGAUGUUGCUCUCCGGUUUUGUGAUGAAACAAAGGUGUGGUUGAAUUUAUUCUGCCACUGUGUCUUCUUAUUGUCUCAGCCAUAGAUAGCCUAUAUAUCACGGUGGCAAGGCAUAUGAACUAACAGGUUACAGAGCAAACAACGCAAUUAUCACAACACACAGGUUAUAAUAUGUUUUGUUUUUACUAGCUUGACUUCCACAAUGAUUUUACCCAUGCACUGCUACUGCAUAAACCAUGCUGUGUGCAGUUCUAAAACACUCGCACGUCGACGUCGUUAACCAUUUGUUUACUCUUUGUUCAGUCAUGUUACCUCAUUGACUAGCUAGCUAACAACCUGGUAACUUUACCAGUAUAUGCAAACAUUUGGUCGCACAGAAAGAAAGGAAACAGGAUAGCUUCUUCAGGAGAUCAAUGAUCAUAGAAAUGAAUGAAUGACAGAUAUCUUGCAUGUUCCCAUCACAAACCUGACGUUUUUUAAAGAGAGUUUCUAGGGCACAACAUGUGCUUCAAAAGUAGAUAGAAUUCAUAUAGGCCCAAUAUAGGCUGUAUCUCAAUCAAUUAAAACAAUUAUUUCUGGUGCUCCUAAAUUUCAUGUGGUGCUCCUAACUUUUUGAAGUUGUGAGCACUAGUGCUACCAAUGAUUUAUUUAUUUAUUUAGAGCCCUGCCAGGGAGAAAGGAGAGAUCUGUGUGUGGUUCAUUGCUUAUGGGGGCAUGAAAUCGCUCCAGAGCCCCAAGGCACAUUGGACGUUGUUCUACCCAGACACAGAGCCUGUUGUUAGGCCAGGUUGUCUACUGUCCCGGUAAUACCAAGGCUUCUCUAAUGGACUCAGAUGUGACCAGCUGAUGCCAUCUAUCUAUCUAUCUAUCUAUCUAGACUGGAACAAACUGUUUUAUAGUAGUGAUGUGUUUUUUUAUCAUGAUACAGAAGCUGGCACUUGCAAAAUGGCACUUCUACAGUAGUAGUGCAGUACAGUUGCAGAGGAUUGCCCUCUUUCCCUCUCCCUCCCUCUCUCCCCUCUCUCCCUCUCUCCCUCCUCUCUCUCUCCCCUCCCUCCCUCUCUCCCUCCUCUCUCUCCCUCCCUCCCUCUCUCCCUCCUCUCCCCUCGCCUCCCUCUCUCUCCCUCUUCUCCCGUUCACCUCUCUCUUCUCCCUCGUCCUCCAUCCCUCUCUUCUCCCCUCGCCUUCCCUUUCUCCCCUCUCCCAUCCCCCGCUCUAUCUCCCCUCCCUCCCUCUCAUCCCUCUCCCUCCUCUCCUUCGUCCCUCCCUCCCUCCUCCCUCUCCCUCCCUCGCUCCCCUCCCUCCCUCUCUCCCUCUCUCCCCCUCUCCCUCCCUCUCUCCCCCUCUCCCUCCCUCUCUCCCUCUCCCUCUCUCACCCCCACUCCCUCCCCUUCCUUCUGUUUGUUUUUCUUUCCCUUUUCUUAUCCGACUUUUGUGCCUUUUUUUGCAGCCGCAGCAGAAAGAUGCCUGGUUUUUCUUUGUAAAUAGAAAGGGGCACAGAACAAAAUAGCGUGCCACAGGAGCCCCUGCCAUGCCUAGCCAGAUUAAACCUCUCCUAUUCAACUAGCAGCACACUGGCUCCAUCAACAAACUGUUGGUCCUGUCCGUCACUCUUUAUCAUUGUGACGGUUCUCUUUAUUUAUCUGCAAUCUCAUUCAGCUUCAAUUACAGGAUGCCUCUGCUUAAAGGGAGGUUGGUUUUAGUGUCAUUAACGAUUGUAAUACAUUAGAAUGAAAUAUUUUGUUUGGGAAAGAGAUGGAGAGUGCAAGAGAGAAACAUUUGUACAAUGGCAGAAAGAGGGAUGGCAUGGCGAAGGAAAGAGGAAAAUAGCCUAGACAAAGAGAGACCGAGUGAAUUAAGUGAUGUUAUUAGGUGAUAGUGCCACCACUGCCACCUCUGAUGGGCCCCAGUGUGACUUUUCAGUACCAUCCAUACCAGUCUGUCUUGUGGUGGUUUCACAAUAUUGAGGAGUGUGUGUGUGGGUACUGGGUAGAGCCAGGCCAGCAUGCUGUUUGACGUGCGCUCUAUGCUGACUGAGCUGUGUACAGUGUCUGUCUGCAACUCUCUCUCUAUGUAUGCACAGUGAAAUGAGUCAGUUGUUUCUGUUGUCAGUCUCAGCUUAGUUUGAACACCAAACACAGACAGCCAUGUCAUGUAACAAGCUGGCUGCAAACAGUCUGCAUGCACACACCCUAACCUGUUUACUGUACCCAUGGACUGUACACAGACAUAUACAAACACUCACACACACAGUCAGUAAGGUCUAGAUGCCAGGAAUAGAUGCGGAGAAACCAAUGGAUGGUAUGUGUACGGACACUCAUGUUGAAUAGAGAUUGGAACCUACCAAACCACUUUGUCAUCAUAGUGUAAGUCCCUAAGGCCCAUGAACCCAUUUAGACUAACUUGUUUUCAUGAGAGCCCAAACUAUUCUUGGCUCACUCUUUUAAUAGUUGAUAUUUUUGGUCUUAAAGGCCCAUGUGAAAGCUCUAUGACCCAGGGAGGGCAGGGCACAGACUGUGCUAGGCCAGAAAAGGCUAACCUUAGCUUAGCCUGUGGGCAGGGAAAGGAACAGGGACAGAUAUAGGGUGGUAAUCCACUCUUUAGCAUUAGCUAGAAUGAUCCCUCGUCUGUCUGUCUGCAGCCAGUCGCACUACUGCCGUAUAUCCAUUUAUAUUUGUCUGUCUGGGCCACAUUGAGCUUCCCCAAUCUUUUUCUGUCUCUUUUUUUCCCUCUCUGUCCACCUCUCUCUCUCCCUCCCCUCACUCCCUUUGUUUUUCCUGCCUCUUUCAUCUGUAGAGCUCUCCCUCGCACUCUCUCGCUCUCUUUCUCCGUGUGUGAUUACUGAAAACUGUAAAGACUGCGGAGCUCUGGGCGGCCCACGCAAUUGGCUGGCUGGCACUCCAUCCCUGCCCAUGAUUGGCCGGAGGCCUCAGCGUAAGACUCAAUCAGCUGGGUGGAAACGUAUGUAGGUCAGUGUGUAGCUAUGUAAGCUCUGCUGCUCUCUCGUUCCCUCUCUCUCUCCCCCCUCCUCCACUCCUCUGCACAGCUCUGUGAACUGGCCUGUUGGGUUAAUUGGCUGCGUUCCAGCUUCGCCGUUUUUUUAACCGAGGUAAGAGAGACUGAGGCAAAAGGAGGAAAGGGGGAAAGAAGAAGGGGUUUUAACAGAAGAGAGGAAGGAGGAGGAGAGUGAAGUAAGGGAAGGUGGGGGAGGGGAAUGCCACAAUGUGCUGUGCCCUGCUGUACUGCUGGGUGCAAUAGGACAGAGUGUCAGUCAGUCUCAGUCACACACACACAGCAAUCUGAACAUCACUGGAGAAAACUAUAGACUGUCUACCACUAUAAGAACUGCAGUGGACGUUCUCUGUCUGUCAGAGUGGGAGAGAGGUAGAGAAGGGCAGUCCUUGAAAGGGGAAAGCAGAGGGGCAUAGAAUGAGAUACCUUUGAGAAUGGAGAGAGCAGAAGGCGAGAGCACAGAGAGGGAGAGCAGCUUGUUAUUUUUCCUUGAAAACCAUACAUCCAUUCUCCCACAUUCCGUACACAGGGAUCUGUUUUGCCUCCUCCAAUCAGCAACAUCCUGAUGGCCCUCAUGGCGUUCUUACUCCCUGUCCCCCUUAUGGCACAGCCCCUUCCUCUUGUGAAGUGCCUGAGGAGGAGUUGGUAGACUGACUGUUCAUGGCUGCUGCCUUCUGUACUGCUAAGCUUUGGGAGCUGAAUUAUUCACACUUUCCCAAAUUCUCCUUCCUACCUCUACCCCUUCUACCCCAGGCACACACACACUUGCCCCCCUCAGCCCCGGUCACUAGGCAGUACCCAUGGUAGUCUAACCCAGACACCCAGACAGGAAAAAGCAAACAAAAUAAAGUUGAGUAUACCCUUCACUUUACUAGGCCAUCUGCACCCGCGCUGCCUGUCUGCAUACUUUACAUUAAAAGUCCCCCACAGUCAUGUGCUCCACUCUUCAAGUCUGCAAAUGUACACUCCCCUCACUAUUUCAAAUUAAAAGACCCUCAUUUAGCCUAGUACAUUACACUCACUUCAUAUUAAAUGCCUCCCCCUUCCCAAUGUAAUACAGUACAUUCCUGCCUGUCUAAGUAAUUCACACACACACAAACACACACACACACACACACACACACACACACACACACACACACACACACACACAGAGAGACACACAGAGACAGACCCCUCCCCUGGUGUGGCUGGCGUUGUAUUUUUCAGUAGGCUGGCAGACACACACACACACUUAGCGCCUGUUAACUUUAACCUGACUUUACCCACUCAGUGUGUUAGUCAGCCAGAGAGGGACCCAAUUUACUGUAAAAUACAACAGGGCCAGACGGCAGCCUUUUACUCUGGGGCUCUAUCUGUCUGACUGUAGGAAAACAAAGCAAAAUAGAAAAAAAGAGAUACUCCAGUCUGGACAACCAAAAGCUUACUACCAUGUUGAUUUAGAACUCUUCUGGUCCAGCAACAAAGUCUAUGUUGAAAGGGAAAGGGGGAUACCUAGUCAGUUGUACAACUGAAUGCAUUCAACUAAAAUGUGUCUUCCGCAUUUAACCCAACCCCUCUGAAUCAGAGAGGUGCGGGGGGCUGCCUUAAUCGACAUCCACGUCAUCGGCGCCCGGGGAACAGUGGGUUAACUGCCUUGCUCAGGGGCAGAACGACAGAUUUUUACCUUGUCAGCUCGGGGAUUCGAUCCAGCAACCUUUCGGUUACUGGCUCAAUGCUCCUACCCGCCAGAAGCGCUGAGGAUGAUGCAACGUGUUGGGCGAUCUACUUCAGACAAUGCAAACACACGUGUGGUGACUCACACACAUAACAUACAGUCAACAUACAUACAGUAAACAAGGAAUGUCAACAUCUCAACGGUAACAAACCCAGGCCAUCAACUUUGCCUUGAAACUCUGUCUCUUAAUUACACACACACACACACACACACACACACACACACACACACACACACACACACACACACACACUCCCUUCCACCUCACACAGACCCCAGGCCAGUCCUGGAGGUGGUCCUUGAUGUUCUGUGAGUCCUGUGACAUCUAAUCAGCUCUUUCUUUCACAUCUCUGCUAUUUCUUUUUUUUUUAAUCAGCAUAGCAAAUCCAGACCUCUAAUCACAACCCGUUUUCUGUAAAGAUGCAAACGUAAGCCAAUCUUUAAUAAAACAUGUAUUUUAUUUAUUUAACAGAAAAUAAAAGUUGCACACCCGCAAUACUCCUGCCUGCCUUGUUUGUUAUGGACGAUGGAUGUGAUGGGUGAAGAUUGGGUCGUCUGCAGCAGUCCCUAGCAGUCUAGACCCAAGGGGGUGGUCUGUGAUCCACUCCAAACUGUCAAUGCGUAAAUCAUGAAUUAAAAUUGUGUCGAUAUUGCAAGAAAAUAUUGUCAUUUCACAUAACCAUACCACAAGGUAGCUACUCUACCGGUUUCAUUCAUGACGAGAAAAUUUACUGGAACAAGCUAGCUAGCCAAGUUGCUAGUUAGCUAGAUAGCUAAGUGAGUUAGCUAGCUAGUUUAUAUUAACCAGUAAUAAAAAGAUAAAUAAAACACAGAUAUGCGAUGUAUACAGUCAGUAUUUGCCAACAUAAAGAAAGGAAAUAGGAUGUCACAUAUCUCAGGAUAUUGAAUGAGUCCAUAUCCGGCCAUAGGAAAUGUCCAUGUGUGAUAUUCAGAGUAAUCCCUCUCUCUCUCCCCCCCCCCCCCCCCCCAAAAUAAAAAGAGGCCCUCUCAGUCAAAAAGCUUGUCAGCGCUUUCUUUCUGUCUUUUUUUCACUCUUUCUUUUCAGUCUUUCUUUCUUUUUUCACUCUCCGGUUUACGAGGCCUUCACAUACACACUGAGGGAUUACCAGACACACCUCUUUGAGACUCACUGGGCCUCAAAGCUUUUCAGCGUCACCUCUGUGUGUGUGUGUAUGAGAGAGAAUACGAGGGAGGCAGAGUGAGUGAUUGUUCUCCACUGAGAAAAGAGGUAGAAAGAGGGGACAGAGAGCAGAGAACUUGGCCUUCUGCCAGCCAGUGCCACCAGACUGCUUUUAUUAUCAGAGAGAGAGAGAGAGAGCGAGAGGCACAUAGAACAGAGGGAAUGGGGUGAUGUUGGGGGAUGUCACUAUGUCAGGGGCAGGUAACUCUGGGUAAUUCUAUCAGGCAUAGCCCGGGUUAGCUGCUGAGCUGCUGUUGUGAGUCUCUUUGUCUCCAGUAAGGAUCACACACACUGAUACACAUAGACACAUCUCUCUCUCACACACACGCAGGCCACUCUUUAAUAACACAUAUAUUUUAUUUCAUAGAAAAUAAAAGUUGCACACCCUCAAUACCCCUGCCUGCCCUGUUUGUUAUGGACGAUGGAUGUGAUGGGUGCAGAUUGGAGAAGCGGAAAGGAGGGGUAGUAGGGAAGCUGCCAGUGACAGUGCCUCCUUACAGUCUAUUAAUAGAGGGGAAAUAUAAAGGCAAAGACAAAGUGCUGUGUGUGGGGAAAAUACCUCUACUGGAGGGAGGGGACAGCAGUGUGUGCGUGUGUGUGGGGGCCUGUGUGUUCAGGAACACAGGUGUAGCCAUAUGCGGUGUGUGUAUGUAUGGGCCGGGGUUUCUUAAUAACCGUGAACAGUAAGUAGUGUGUGUGUGUUGUGUGUGUGUCUGCAUCUGCAUGUGUGUUUUGUCUUGUAUGACGCAGAGUGUCACUAAGCUGUGAGUGCCUGAGAGAGCAGGGACAAAGAGAGGGAGGGAGGAGAGGGCCUCCCGUGUCCCCAGUUAAGCCUCUCAAUCCUGGGGAACAGAGAGCCAGAAUACCCCCUCAUUUAGCCCUCUCUACCAGGGGGUUAUUAAGUUCAGUGUGUGGGUGAAGAGGGAAAAAUACAGUUCCUUUGGGAUACACACACACACACACACUAACGCACACGCACCCUUUCUCUCAAACAAACAAACACACACACAUCAAGUUCAAGUUUGUUUAUUUGUCAUAUACACAUGAUAUACAUGGAGUACACAGUGCAAUGAAAUGCAAUGAAAUAACAAUAGAAGCUUGAUGAAUAAAAAUAGUAUAUUUAUAUGUGCCGGGGGAUUGUGCAAUAGAUAGUGCAACAAUAAAUAGACAUUGUGCAGUAACAAUAAAUAGACAUUGUGCAGUAACAAUAAAUAGGCAGUCCAGUAGCAUCUGUAUGGGCUGGAGCGGUAGAGUGAUAUAACAAGAGAGAGUACAGGAGAGCGGGAUAGAUGGAUGAAGGGAGGGACGUGCAGAUAUAAGCUGACUUGCAGAGUGUCGCGACAACAGGAACACAUGGCUUUCUCUGCCGUCAUGUUGCAGUGAUUAAUUCGCUUAGCUAAGACUCUCGCACACAUACAAACACAGACAUAUGCUCACACGCACAUGGAUCCUUAUAGCCUACACACAUGCGCAUACGCACACACACACACACACAUACACACCGUAGUGGGUCAUGCAGUCAUGGAACAAUAGCUUUACUUCUAAGACUGGGCCUCAGAGAGAGAAUCUUGUCUUUCAUCUCCUACUGACUCAGUCACAUAGCCACAGGAGAGGGGGAAGGAGGAGAAGAGAGGAUUUAGGAUGGAGGGGAGUGAAUGAAUCGAACAGAGGGUGAAGGAAGAGAGUGAUAGGAAGAUAGGUGGGAGAGAGGAGAAAAGAGAGAGGUAGGAUGGAGAGAGAUGGACAAAAAGGGGGUGAGGAAUUGGGAAAAUAAUAGAGUAUCAACAGUCACCGCACCUCACUGCACUCGGUCACAGUAGAACAGGAAAUCAUGUGACCCUCCCCAGAAGGGUGUAGCCUAGGAACUAAGGAAAAGGCCCACUGUUGCUGGGACAGCAACGGGAUAUGUGUGUGUGUGUGUGUGUGUGUGUGUGUGUGUGUGUGUGUGCAAUGCUGUGUGUGUGCGUGGGUGUUGCUGAUAAAGGCUCGCUGUUGCACAUUUUUCCAUCUCCCCCGCAGCUGCUCAGCUUGUGUGGGGGAGGAAUGGAACUGACAGGCUUGAAAGUGCUGAGCUCAGCACACAUUGAGCCUAUGCAGACACACACACACACACACACACUCACUCCCUUCUACCUCACACAGACCCCAGGCCAGUCCUGGAGGUGGUCUUUGAUGUUCUGUGAGUCCUGUGACAUCGCGUGAGGCUAAGUUACCUCAGCUCUUUCUUUCACAGCACUCAUGACCCAAGCCACCGACUGACUGACUGCAACUACCUGUCUGUGAAUAAAUACAUGACCACUUCCCUUUUGCUGUGGGUAUUUCAGCUGCUGGCUGUGUGUGAGGCUGGUGGUUGCUGGCUGCACGUGCUAUGUACUGGCUUGGCCUAGCUAGUGGCUGGCUGGGCCUGGUUGACCUGCCUAAUGGAAAUAGGAAUGCAUGAGGUCACACUGAGGCCAAUAGGCAUCUGUCCGAGGAUGUGAGACCACACACUGGGCAAACAGGGUCAAUAUCAGGGGAUAUCUAUAUCUAUAUAUUUUAUUAGAUAUAAGGAGUAGACAUGCUCCAGAUACGCAUGUCCUUAAUUUCAUUUACGGAGCUAGGGAGUCCAGGGAGAUAUCUGUGGUGAGGUACAUGCAAGACACGCACCUGAUGCGCCUGCAUCCGCUUACAUAUUUGUAGAACGUUCUAACUCUGGAAAGGGUAUGUGUCAACAUGCUGACUAAUCUAAGCCGUUAUACUUAGGCAUGAACGAAUCCACAUAUUUUCAGAAAUGUAUCAUAUCUGUAGUCAUUACCUGAUCCGUAUCAGUGUAUAUAUAUCAAUAUAUAUGUAUACGGUGAGGGAAAAAAGUAUUUGAUCCCCUGCUGAUUUUGUAAGUUUGCCCACUGACAAAGAAAUAAUCAGUCUAUAAUUUUAAUGGUAGGUUUAUUUGAACAGUGAGAGACAGAAUAACAACAAAAAAAUCCAGAAAAACGCAUGUCAAAAAUGUUAUAAAUAGAUUUGCAUUUUAAUGAGGGAAAUAAGUAUUUGACCCCUCUGCAAAACAUGACUUAGUACUUGGUGGCAAAACCCUUGUUGGCAAUCACAGAGGUCAGACGUUUCUUAUAGUUGGCCACCAGGUUUGCACACAUCUACAGUAAACAAGGAAUGUCAACAUCUCAACGGUAACAAACCCAGGCCAUCAACUUUGCCUUGAAACUCUGUCUCUCAAUUACACGCACGGGCGCACACACACACACACGCACGCACGCACGCGCACGCACGCACGCACGCACGCACGCACGCACGCACACACACACACACACACACACACACACACACACACACACACACACACACACACACACACACGCGCACACGCACACACACACACACACGCGCUCGCACACACACACACACUCCCUUCCACCUCACACAGACCCCAGGCCAGUCCUGGAGGUGGUCUUUGAUGUUCUGUGAGUCCUGUGACAUCUAAUGAGGCUGAACUACCUCAGCUCUUUCUUUCACAUCUCUGCUAUUUCUGUUUUAAAAAAUCAGCAUAGCAAAUCCAGAGCUCUAAUCACAACACGUUUUCUAUAAAGAUGCAAAUGUAGGCCAAUCUUUAAUAAAAAAUGUAUUUUAUUUAUUUGACACCCUCAAUACUCCUGCCUGCCCUGUUUGUUAUGGACGAUGGAUGUGAUGGGUGAAGAUUGGGUCGUCAGCAGCACGCACACACACACACACACACACACACACACACACACACACACACACACACACUGAAACGGAGCAGAAAGUUAUUGUGCAGGGGGUGAAUGUAGGUCAGGGUCAGGCAUGUUUGAGAUAAACUGAACCAGAGUCAGCCAUUUUUUGAAAUGUAUUUUUUUUUUUUUUUUUUUUUUUUUUUAACCAGGUAGGCCAGUUGAGAACAAGUUCUCAUUGACAACUGCAACCUGGCCAAGAUAAAGCAAAGCAGUGCGAUAAAAACAACAACACAGAGUUACAUAUGGGAUAAACAAAAACAUACAGUCAAUAAAACAAUAUAAAAUAUAUCUACAGUGUGUGCAAAUGUAGUAAGUUAUGGAGGUAAGGCAAUAAAUAGGCCAUAGUGCAAAAUAAUUACAAUUUAGUAUUAACACUGGAGUGAUAGAUGUGCAGAAGAUGAUGUGCAAAUAGAGAUACUGGGGUGCAAAUGAGCAAUAUAAAUAACAAUAUGGGGAUGAGGUAGUUGGGUGGGCUAAUUACAGAUGGGCUGUGUACAGGUGCAGUGAUCGGUAAGCUGCUCUGGCAACUGAUGCUUAAAGUUAGUGAGGGAGAUAAGAGUCUCCAGCUUCAGAGAUUUUUGCAGUUCGUUCCAGUCAUUAGCAGCAGAGAACUGGAAGGAGUGGUGGCCAAAGGAGGUGUUGGCUUUGGGGAUGACCAGUGAGAUAUACCUGCUGGAGCGCAGACUACGGGUGGGUGUUGCUAUGGUGACCAAUGAGCUAAGAUAAGGUGGGGAUUUGCCUAGCAGUGAUUUAUAGAUGACCUGGAGCCAGUGGGUUUGGCGACGAAUAUGUAGUGAGGGCCAGCCAACGAGAGUAUACAGGUCACAAUGUGGUCCUCUGUAGCUCAGCUGGUAGAGCACGGCGCUUGUGACGCCAAGGUAGUGGGUUCGAUCCCCGGGACCACCCAUACACAAAAAAAUGUAUGCACGCAUGACUGUAAGUCGCUUUGGAUAAAAUCGUCUGCUAAAUGGCAUAUUAUAUUAUUAUUAUUAUAGUAUAUGGGGCUUUGGUGACAAAACGGAUGGCACUGUGAUAGACUACAUCCAAUUUGCUGAGUAGAGUGUUGGAGGCUAUUUUGUAAAUGACAUCGCCGAAGUCAAGGAUCGGUAGGAUAGUCAGUUUUACGAGGGCAUGUUUGGCAGCAUUAGUGAAGGAGGCUUUGUUGCGAAAUAGGAAGCUGAUUCUAGAUUUAACUUUGGAUUGGAGAUGCUUAAUGUGAGUCUGGAAGGAGAGUUUACGGUCUAACCAGACACCUAGGUAUUUGUAGUUGUCCACCAAUUCUAAGUCAGACCCGCCGAGAGUAGUGAUUCUAGUCGGGCGGGCGGAUGCAAGCAGCGUUCGAUUGAAGAGCAUGCGUUUAGUUUUACUAGUGUUUAAGAGCAGUUGGAGGCUACGGAAGGAGUGUUGUAUGGCAUUGAAGCUUGUUUGGAGGUUUGUUAACACAGUGUCCAAUGAAGGGCCAGAUGUAUACAAAAUGGUGUUGUUUGCGUAGAGGUGGAUCUGAGAGUCACCAGCAGCAAGAACGACAUCAUUGAUAUACACAGAGAAUAGAGUCGGCCUGAGAAUUGAACCCUGUGGCACCCCCAUAGAGACUGCCAGAUGUCCAGACAACAGGCCCUCAGUGACCCUUACUGACACUUAAAGGGAUUUUUUCGGGGUUUUGGCAAUAUCUUGGAUACCAUUUUUAUGUCUCUGUGUCCAGUAUGAAGGAAGUUAGAGGCAGUUUCAUGAGCUAAUGCUAACUAGCAUUAGCGCAAUGAUUGGAAGUCUAUGGGUAUCUGCUAGCAGUAUCCCUUUAACAUUACAGCUCUGACAUUUCACAUAUACAGAGAAAGCCUCAGACCAGUCAAACCUGAGUCUGCAUCAAACAAACCCUCUUUCAAAGAGAUAUGAUGAAACUCAUUCACAGAGAUAAUUAUUAUAUGAGCCAUUAGGUGUGGGCAAGAAUGAAAACUACCAGAUAACAAGGACAGCACUUGUUUAGUUAUGGUAACCUCUCAUUCAUAUAAUGUCUUUACCAUGUUCCUGAACAAGCUGUAUGUAUCUCUGUUUGUGUGUGUGUUGCUGUAGUUAGCGUACUCUGUACGUCCAGGCUGUUUAUAGACUGAACCAGACCCAGUAACAGUAGACCGGAGCCCCAGGAAGAUAGCUAGCUAGGGGCCCCUGGACUAAUCUCUAGCCUCCAGCUCCUCUAGAGCACCAGAGGAACGCACCCCAGGCCCCUAAACACACACACUACACCGCUCCCAGUCAAACGCAUACACUACAUGUCAUGUCAAAGAUUGCAUCCUCCUACACACUGGAGCUACACUUACCACCAGUCAAAUAUAUACUGGUGUACAUAGAUUUAUUCAUGUUUUAACCUUUUCACACGUACCAACAAACGGGUGUGAUCAUUCUACAGUGGUCCCUGCAGCGUAUGCUCAAACCGGUGUGAUUAGAAUUAUUAUUUAGAACGUCCAGUUUGAUUGACGUAACAAUCAGCAUUUGAGUUUUUUCACAGAAACAUUUUGCACAAACACAGUCCUUACAAAGUUAUGUCCUGAAUGUGACCAGUUAAUUUUUUGGAUGCAAUGUUCAGACAUUCACAGAAUUAGCAACAGCAUACACAAUCAUCCAAACCGGAAAAUGUAGGCUACAUUAGACCUAACGCUAACUGAGGAAAGAUUGACGUAACACAAGCGGUCAUAUUUAGAUAACUCUCAGCUGUCCGAAACAACAAUAUGAAUUAGCUAAUAGCAAAUACUAUUUAUAAUUCAUCACAUCACGGGUGAGCUCACCAUUGAUCAAAAUAAUUGAGUUAAACACUUUCUAGAAAUCGAAAGUAAUCCGGCGAUGGGUAGUUUGUGCGCGCCGCCAUGUUUUUUGUUGUUGCGUCAACCAAAAAUAAUAAGAGGAGACAAGAUGAGUUUGGUCUGUUUGCAGUAUGCAUGUUGAAGGGGGUGUGUCUUCUACCAUCAUUCACUUCCCUUCAUUCACUUCCGGAAGUUUACCCUUCACCUCAUUAUAACAUCAUUGGUCUGACAGACGUUUACGUGACACCCAGAAUGCAUUGUAUAAUGUCAACUAACAUGGCGCCACACAUAGCUGGCAAAUAGCUUAAGCUCAUUAUAAUCAGUAGAACCUUCAAAAAAGUAUUUUACACACAUCAUAGGUGUCCAUUACAAUCUAUGCAAGAAUCGGAAUGCAUGAUUUGUCACCAGUACUUGAAAACAUGUGAAUAAAACUGUAAAUACAUUAUGCUCCAUACAUACAAAACAUACAUACACUACCGUUCAAACGUUUGGGGUCACUUAGAAUUUCCUUCUUUUCAUAAGAAAAGCGAUUUUUUUGUCCAUUAAAAUAACAUCAAAUUGAUCAGAAAUACAGUGUAUACAUUGUUAAUGUUGUAAAUGUCUAUUGUAGCUGGAAACGGCUAAUUUCUAAUGGAAUAUCUACAUAGGCGUACAUAGGCCCAUUUAUCAGCAACCAUCAGUCCUGUGUUCCAAUGGCACGUUGUGUUUGCUCCAGAUACUCAACUAGUCUCAAGAAGGCCAGUUUUAUUGAUUCUUUAAUCAGCACAACAGUUUCCAGCUGUGCUAACAUAAUUGCAAAAGGGUUUUCUAAUGAUCAACUAGCCUUUUAAAAUUAUAAACUUGGAUUAGCAAACACAACGUGCCAUUGGAACACAGGACUGAUGGUUGCUGAUAAUGGGCCUCUGUACGCCUAUGUAGAUAUUCCAUAAAAAAUCUGCCGUUUCCAGCUACAAUAGCCAUUUACAACAUUAACAAUGUCUACACUGUAUUUCUGAUCAAUUUGAUGUUAUUUUAAUGGACAAAAAAAUUGCUUUUCUUUCGAAAACAAGGAAAUGUCUAAGUGACCCCAAACUUUUGAACGGUAGUGUACAUACAAACUGUAUGCUACAGUAAAUGACAACACGAUAUACAGAAAAGAAGGCACUUACUUUGUUUGAUAGGAACGCACACAUGUCCAAAGUUAUUAUUUGUAAGGAAAACAACAAGGCAAUGCGAGCGCCAGACAGAACAUUUUCCAAUUCGUGCAAAACUGCGUAAAUGUCUGCAUACUUGAUCUGUGGAAACAUUGGUGAAGACGUGCUUGGGAUCUCCUCGAAGAGAGAAGUUUGUCCGGCUCAGUAAAGCCUCAAACAUAAAUUGUCCGCAACACUGAAAUGGGCUACUUCUAUGUGAAUCAAUUCAAACUGUUGUUAAAAAAUAAAACUUGUUAGAAAAUAAUUUGAAAUUGAAGCAUAGCCUAUAGAUAAUUAGCAGGCAGCGCGUGUUAACUUUCCUGUUGCGUAACAAUCACAUUUUGGAACAGUGAGUGCAUUCUGACAUCACGUGCAUAAAACAACUCACGCUGGGGUGGUCGUUAGAGAUAUUUGGAACUCACAUGUGAAAACGUUCGAUACUGAGACAACUAAACUGAGGAGUUCUGGCCUACUGCCUCCAGUCUCUAGUACUAGCUAGCUGGAGGUUAUAUAGGUCAUUGAAUUGAACUGAACCAAACAUCAACAUACCUUACUUCAGCUGUUGCUACCCUUCCAUCUGACCUAGACAAAGAAAGCACUGGAUGGGUGUAGGUGACAGGAGAGUGUGUUAUGGAAACACAGGAUCAAAGAGUCCGAACGCCUCAAUGUCACACACACACUUGUUUUUCUAUCCUCGUAGGGGACCUACAAAAAAAUAAUCAUAUUUUGCCUUACCCCUAACCCUAAACCUAACCCUAACCUUAACCCCUAAACCUAACUCUAAUGCCUAACCCUAAACCCUAAUUGUAACCAGAACCCUAAUUGUAACCCUAACCCUAAACUUAAGCCCUAAGAUUAAAAUAGCCUUUUUGCCCUCGGGGGGAUGUGGGAAAUGUCCCCACGAGAGAGAAUUUUCCUUGUUUUACUAUCUUUGUGGGGACUUUUGGGGAUUUCAGGUCCCCACAAGGCUAGGAGAACAAGACCACAAACACACACAGGGAGGGAUAAAUCAGGGAGGGUGACAUAAUGACGAUGGACGGUGAGGACGUGCUGAAACGCAGAGAGAGGGUCAGAGAAUGGCACUGUUGCUGAACAAUGUGUGUGUGUGUGUGCGUGUGUGUGUGACUGAGGCUGUAUAUUUUAACUGUGUCUGUGGCUGUGUAUGUUUUAGUAUGUGUGUGUGGGUGGGGGAGAUGGAAUUAACAAGGCCUAAUAUCCGGGAAUGGUUGAAAAAAUGAGAAGACACAUAGGGGGGUGGAAUGGUGUCGUUUUCGGGAAGCGGUUAGGAAAUCAGAAGCAUUGCAGGGGGUACGGGGAAAGGAGGGAGGUCGGUAUUUAGGGAGGGGGCGCACACACACGUGUGAAACAACCAGGGCAGGGCAAUGUUUACAGUGGUAGUAAACCUCAGCCAACCACUCACCCGGUCUAAACAUAAAAACACUCACCCUUCUUCCUUCCCUCCCACAGACUUCUCUGACAUUUGCAUUCCCUACCUCAUAGUAAUUAAUCAUGUAGGCAUCAUGCUUCUCUGAAUCUCCAGAGCACCCACAUACACACACACACACACACUCCACAGAUCUCAUUAAUCAAUUAUCCAUGUGGAAAAGUGUGUGUGUGUGUGUGGUUACAGUGCGACGCUCCCGAGACAGCGUGCCUCUGAUGGACCGCCCUAUUGUUUUUGUUAACGCAUUUAUUCAGUUAGUUUAUAAUUCUCUCUCUAGACCAGUAUGUUCUCUGUCUCAGUCUGUGCGUGUGUGUGUUCUUAGUUCACUCAUAGGCCAGGGCCAUCACAUGAUUAUCCAGGCUGACUUGCACUCUGAUCGAGCUCUCUAUUUUUAGAUGUGAAAUGUUGAAAUAGAUGGUGUGUUAGUUAGUAAACAGGACAGGCUGUAUACUCACACCACGAGCUCACGUCAUGGUGCUAGGUCUGGAGAUGGCAAACCAAAAUACACCCUGCACACAUCAGAAGUUAGCAGACUUUAAAUACCGCUCUCGAUAUUGAGUUAUUUAAACACUAUGGGAGUUGUGGAUGGCCACUGAACAGAUCUUUCUAAGGGGAGAGAACUGUUGGAUGAGCCUCAUAAUAGAGACAUACUGUUCCAGAGACAGAAUAAAUAUAUCUUUGUUAGAGUCUUUCUACAUCUGAAGCAAGCCAUUUGUUUGUUUUGGUGCGCUUGUCUGUUGGUCUGUCUAUCUGUCUCGUCUUUCUCUCUCUCUCUCUCUCUCUCUCUUUCUCUCUCUCUCUCGCUCUCUGUCUCUUUAUGUCUCUCUCUCUAUAUCUGCAAGGCCGUGGCAUCCCCAAGCCAACUGUAACAUCCCGUAGUGAACCAUACUGAACGGUUCACUAAUGAACGCACAGGGUAUUGUACGUGAUGUUCUUUACUGCUGAGAGGAGCUGGCUCUCUCAGCUUUGGGUAGAUUUGAGACUCUGUGCUGUUCAGUGGGGAGCUACAGUAAGGGAGCUAAGCUGUGUGUGUGCGUGUGCGCGCGUGCGGUUGUGUAUGUGCGCGCACACUUUUUGUUUCAAACGGUCUGUGUGUAUGUUUAAUGUGCUGUGUAUGUUGUGAACACAUUCGCACACUGUAGAAAUGUAUGUACACUACCAGUCAAACGUUUGGACACACCUACUCAUUCAAGGGUUUUUCUAUUUUUUUACUAUUUUCUACAUUGUAGAAUAAUAGUGGAGACAUCAAAACUAUGAAAUAACACAUAUGGAAUCAUGUAGUAACCAAAAAAAUGUUAAACAAAUCGAAAUAUAUUUUAUAUUUGAGAUUCUUCAAAUAGCCACCCUUUGCCUUGAUGACAGCUUUGCACACUCUUGGCAUUCUCUCAACCAGCUUCACCUGGAAUGCUUUUCCAACAGUCUUGAAGGAGUUCCCACAUAUGCUGAGGAGUUGUUGGCUGCUUUUCCUUCACUCUGCCGUCCGACUCAUUCCAAACUAUCCCAGUUGGGUUGAGGUCGGGGGAUUGUGGAGGCCAGGUCAUCUGAUGCAGCACUCCAUCACUCUCCUUCUUGGUAAAAUAGCCCUUACACAACCUGGGGGUGUGUUGGGUCAUUGUCCUGUUGAAAAACAAAUGAUAGUCCCACUAAGCCCAAACAAGAUUGGAUGGCGUAUCGCUGCAGAAUGCUGUGGUAGCCAUGCUGGUUAAGUGUGCCUUGAAUUCUAAAUAAAUCACAGGCAGUGUCACCAGCAAAGCACCCCCACACCAUAACACCUUCUCCUCCAUGCUUUACGGUGGGAACUACACAUGCGGAGAUCAUCUGUUCACCCACACCACGUCUCACUAAGACACGGCGGUUGGAACCAGAAAUCUCCAAUUUGGACUCCAGACCAAAGGACACAUUUCCACCGUUCUAAUGUCCAUUGCUCUUGUUUCUUGGCACAAGCAAGUCUCUUCUUCUUAUUGGUGUCCUUUCGUAGUGGUUUCUUUGCAGCAAUUCGACCAUGAAGGCCUGAUUCACACAGUCCCCUCUGAACAGUUGAUGUUGAGAUGUGUCUGUGACUUGAAUUCUGUGAAGCAUUUAUUUCGGCUACAAUUUCUGAGGCUGGUAACUCUAAUGAACUUAUCCUCUGCAGUAGAGGUAACUCUGGGUGUUCCAUUCCUGUGGCGGUGCUCAUGAGAGCCAGUUUCAUCAUAGCGUGUGAUGGUUUUUGCGACUGCACUUGAAGAAACUUUAAAAGUUCUUGACAUUUUCCAUAUUGACUGACCUUCAUGUCUUAAUGUAAUGAUGGACUGUCAUUUCUCUUUGCUUAUUUGAGCUGAUCUUGACAUAAUAUGGACCAAAUAGGGCUAUCUUCUGUAUACCCCACCACCUUGUCACAACACAACUGAUUGGCUCAAACGCAUUAAGAAGGAAAUAAAUUCCACAAAUUAACUUUUAAGAAGGCACACCUGUUAAUUGAAAUGCAUUCCAGGGGACUACCUCAUGAAGCUGGUUGAGAGAAUGCCAAGCGUGUGCAAAGAUGGCAUCAAGGCAAAGGGUGGCUAUUUGAAGAAUCUCAAAUAUAAACUAUAUUUUGAUUUGUUUAACACUUUUUUGUUUACUACAUGAUUCCAUAUGUGUUAUUUAAUAGUUUUGAUGUCUCCACUAUUAUUCUACAAUGUAAAAAUAAAGAAAAACCCUUGAAUGAGUAGGUGUGUCCAAACUUUUGACUGGUAGUGUAAAUGGAUGUGUGGGUGUGUGGGUGUGUGCAGUAACUCACCACAGCAUAAGUGAAGCACGUUUUCAGCAACGAGGUGACUGCCCUCAUGAAACACACUGACCUACAGGAGAGCCACCAGGACAAUGUGACAGAACAUGCCUGAUUCUUAGGGCUCUGAUUGGUUAGAUAGGGUGGGCUUGGUCAGCCAACACCCCCCCUCAGGGCAGUCCUGAUUGGAGGAAACAGAGGGUAAACUGAGCUCAGGACAGGAUGUAUGGAGGGAGAGUGGAUGUGUGUGUGUGCCUGUGUGUGACCCACACAUUAGCCAGGCCUCUUAGUGGCAGGAGAAUGUUCCAUGAUUCUUAAAGGAUCAUGUCCUCUGGACUGUGAAAAGAGAAAGGGACCCAAACAGAAACAGACCUAUGGACAAUUUUAGAGUUUCCUGUGCAUGUGUGCAAUAUUUUGUGUGGACUUAUUUGUGGGUUGGGCUAUUGUUGUGUGAAUGUAGUAUAUCAGUAAAAACGUAAAUGUAAAAAUGCAAUGUGCAGAGACAGAGAUAGAAAAAGAGCGAGAGGGAGAGAGAGAAAAUGAGGAGAAAGUCAGAAUAGAGCAGUGUGAUCACUUUCACAAUCCUGACUUGAUCCCUGUCCAGUUUACACACACACACACACACACACACACAACCUAAACACACACACACAAAUAAGCGGCGAGACGCUCAGCCCUGGCCGGAAAGAGCACAUUUGGUUGAACAGAAUGGAAUGUUCUCUUCACUCUCCAGAACUCAGGGCAGCUGGAAUUGGGAGGAGUGUGUGUAUUGUGUGUGUGUGUAUGUAUGUAUGCGUGUGUGCGUGCAUGGAGGGUUACAAUAUAAAUAACUUUGUUCUAACUCUCCUGUCCUCUGUAUCUGCGCUGGGUCUGGAGUUUAUUUAUAAAACAUACAGUUAGCCCUCUCUCCCUCUUUCUGUCUCUCUCGCACCUUCUCUCUGUGUUAUUAUAAUUUACCUUUAAUUUGACAGGGAGUCCCAUUGAGACCAAGGUCUCAUUUGCAAGGGAGCCCUGCAUCUUACAAUUACACAAAUUACUCAUAGGAAAUACACCAGAUAUGUGUAAUACAAAGAGAAUACCAAAAAUUAAAUAAAACAUGAAAAGCAUGUCUCUCUCUCUCUCUCUCUCUCUCUUCUCUCUCUCUCUCUCUCUAUCUCUCUAUAUCUCUUCUCUCUCUCUCUCUCUCUCUCUCUCUCUAUCUCUCUAUCUCUCUAUCCUCUAUCUCUCUAUCUCUCUAUCUCUCUAUCUCUCUCUCUCUCUCCUCUCUCUCUCUCUCACUCUCUCUCUCACUCUCUCCUCUCUCUCUCUCUCUCUCUCUCUCUCUAAAGUGACACAGGGGAGGUAAAGUACAACCAGAGGUAUGAGGCUCAGGUCACUGAACCCAAGCAAUCAGAGCUGACAGAGCAGGUCUGGAGGCGGAGUAAGGGUGUAAGAGGAGUGACCAACGACCUCAGUGCACUCUAACCUUUGACCCCCCCAGCCUGAUGUUCACCUCACGACCUGGACACUUCCUGUUAUACAGUGUGUGAAGAGCUCUCAGUCUGUGUGUGUGUGCAUGUGUUGCAUAACCCCGGAGGGUAGGGCUGGUCUUUUAGGAGAGAGAUAGCAUGGCAUGGUUCAGGCUUGGCUUGAACCAGUAAGGCAGGGGAGGAGAAGGGAAAGGGGGUUAGAGGGGAGGGGUUAGAGGGGAGGGGUAGAGAGCUCUUGGGGUAGAGAAAGAUUGGAGUAGUAGAUAGGAGGGGAGGGGUAGAGAGAUUGGAGGCAGGCAGAGAGAUUGGAGGCGGGCAGAGAGAUUUAGGACAGGACAGACCGCUCAUCCCUUUCUUCCAGGCCACAGACUUGGCCAGAAUGACCCAGCCUAUCCUGUCAGAACACAGUGAAAUGAGGCUUAAGUGGGUGAUGAAACCCACUAAAACAAUUCCUAGUGGUAGAUAGAGCUCAUUAUUACUAGAAUAUUACUAUCUUAUACAAGCACAUACAAAUGCAAAUUGUGAACUCCCACCUACACAACCCUCAUAAAAAUUGAGAGCUCCUGUGUGUGUGUGUGUGUGUGUGUGUGUGUGUGUGUGUGUGUGUGUGUGUGUGUGUGUGUGUGUGUGUGUGUGUGUGUGUGUAGAUUCCUAGCGUGGUUGCUGACAGUGAUGAAUAGUUCCCACAUGUUGCUGACGGACAAAAAGUCCUCUGUGCUCCAGAGCUCUGGCUGCAGCUGGUGUCCACACACACACACACACACACACACACACACACACACACACACACACACACACACACACACACACACACACACACACACACACACACAUACAUACAUACAUAAGAAUCUUUCAGUUAAACAUUAGCUACGGAGCAGGCGUGGAAGGAGAGGAAUAACAGUGUAGCUAUCCCUGGGAAGAGAUGACAACUGAGGAGAUGUUGUAGAGAGCUGUGUGUGUGUGUUCAAGGCCAUGAGCGUUUGUUAGCAUUGUGUAUACAGUGGGGGAAAAAAGUAUUUAGUCAGCCACAAUUGUGCAAGUUCUCCCACUUAAAAAGAUGAGAGAGGCCUGUAAUUUUCAUCAUAGGUACACGUCAACUAUGACAGACAAAUUGAGAAAAAAUUUCCAAAAAAUCACAUUGUAGGAUUUUUAAUGAAUUUAUUUGCAAAUUAUGGUGGAAAUAAGUAUUUGGUCACCUACAAACAAGCAAGAUUUCUGGCUCUCACAGACCUGUAACUUCUUCUUUAAGAGGCUCCUCUGUCCUCCACUCGUUACCUGUAUUAAUGGCACCUGUUUGAACUUGUUAUCAGUAUAAAAGACACCUGUCCACAACCUCAAACAGUCACACUCCAAACUCCACUAUGGCCAAGACCAAAGAGCUGUCAAAGGACACCAGAAACAAAAUUGUAGACCUGCACCAGGCUGGGAAGACUGAAUCUGCAAUAGGUAAGCAGCUUGGUUUGAAGAAAUCAACUGUGGGAGCAAUUAUUAGGAAAUGGAAGACAUACAAGACCACUGAUAAUCUCCCUCGAACUGGGGCUCCACGCAAGAUCUCACCCCGUGGGGUCAAAAUGAUCACAAGAACGGUGAGCAAAAAUCCCAGAACCACACGGGGGGACCUAGUGAAUGACCUGCAGAGAGCUGGGACCAAAGUAACAAAGCCUACCAUCAGUAACACACUACGCCGCAAGGGACUCAAAUCCUGCAGUGCCAGACGUGUCCUCCUGCUUAAGCCAGUACAUGUCCAGGCCCGUCUGAAGUUUGCUAGAGUGCAUUUGGAUGAUCCAGAAGAGGAUUGGGAGAAUGUCAUAUGGUCAGAUGAAACCAAAAUAGAACUUUUUGGUAAAAACUCAACUCGUCGUGUUUGGAGGACAAAGAAUGCUGAGUUGCAUCCAAAGAACACCAUACCUACUGUGAAGCAUGGGGGUGGAAACAUCAUGCUUUGGGGCUGUUUUUCUGCAAAGGGACCAGGACGACUGAUCCGUGUAAAGGAAAGAAUGAAUGGGGCCAUGUAUCGUGAGAUUUUUAGUGAAAACCUCCUUCCAUCAGCAAGGGCAUUGAAGAUGAAACGUGGCUGGGUCUUUCAGCAUGACAAUGAUCCCAAACACACCGCCUGGGCAACGAAGGAGUGGCUUCGUAAGAAGCAUUUCAAGGUCCUGGAGUGGCCUAGCCAGUCUCCAGAUCUCAACCCCAUAGAAAAUCUUUGGAGGGAGUUGAAAGUCCGUGUUGCCCAGCGACAGCCCCAAAACAUCACUGCUCUAGAGGAGAUCUGCAUGGAGGAAUGGGCCAAAAUACCAGCAACAGUGUGUGAAAACCUUGUGAAGACUUACAGAAAACGUUUGACCUGUGUCAUUGCCAACAAAGGGUAUAUAACAAAGUAUUGAGAAACUUUUGUUAUUGACCAAAUACUUAUUUUCCACCAUAAUUUGCAAAUAAAUUCAUUAAAAAUCCUACAAUGUGAUUUUCUGGAUUUUUUUUCUCUCAUUUUGUCUGUCAUAGUUGACGUGUACCUAUGAUGAAAAUUACAGGCCUCUCUCAUCUUUUUAAGUGGGAGAACUUGCACAAUUGGUGGCUGACUAAAUACUUUUUCCCCCACUGUACAUGUGUAGUCAUACAUUGUAUUUAUGCGUCGUGUCAGUAGUAGGGAGAAAAGGUGUAUUUGUGUAGUUAGUUUAGGUGUGUGUGUUCGUAUGUGUGUGUGUGUAUUAGAGCUAAUGAGAAAGAGAGAGAGAGAGACAAAAAGAGCGCGAGAGAGAGAGAGAGAGAGAUAUGAAUCAGAGCUACUGUCUCAGUGAACUGUUUUUCUUAAUGGGCUUUGGGAAUAACCCAGAGGAGCAAGUGUAGUAAGUAUACUGUACUCUCACUGCUGUGUCGCAAGCACACACAGACACACACACAAAACCACACACUUACAUACACACAUUACACUCUCUCUUAACAAUUGCUUUUUAGUGGCACGGAAAAGAGAGGGGGAAAAUAGAGGAAAUAUGAAAGAGUUCCAGUGUUGGCAGAGAGCGGGAGGAGGGGAGAAAGCGAUGGAAGAAGGGAGAGAAGGAGGGAGAAUGUAUUAAGUGUCAGGAACUGGCAGGUUUAUGUUUACAGGGGGAGAGAACCUCAGAGAUUCCAUUCACUCUAUUCCUUCUUUUUUUUCUCCCUCCCUUGCUCACUCUCCCUCUCGCUCCCUCUCCCUCCCUCCAUAGAUGUUACACCCCCGCCCCAUCCCCCCACCCUCUUUAUAAUUUGAUGUAUCCAGUUCUUUCACGAUUUCUUUAAGCGUUCUUCCUCCCUUCAUUUAGCGCGUAGCAGCUGUAAAGACUUAGUGUGUGAGUGUGUAUGUUCUGGUGCUGUAAUAAAGAAGCUUUACGUCAUACCGAGGCGAGAUGCUGCCUGGCUAGCUGUAAACACUGGUCUCCUUGGUAUCUCUCCUCAUCUUACUUCAUAGGACAGACCUACACGCACAUACACAUAUACACAGCGUGCCUGAAAUCUGUCUUGCCUGCUACUUACUGAAACAACACACUGUGUACAACUACUACAUACUAUUUAGAACGUACCGUUUAGGAAAAAUUUAUGCAGUAAGCAACAAAUGUCAACAUACUGCUCAUCCAUACUGAGAAGGUGUCAUCUAAUCAUUUGUCAAAAACACGUGGGUGUGAAAAGACGAUUCUCUUCCUCAAUAGUGUGCAAUGAAUUCUACUAGAUGAAAAGCCGAAAUGAAUAUGAAUGAAUCUGACAUCCUGGCAUUGAAAGCAUACUCAGUACCACUAUUGCCCUCACACACAAACUCUCUAAGGCAACGUUACACCCUCCUAUUUUUCCAAACAGAAUAACAAUCCAAUCCACGUCGUCAGUGUAGUGUAACAGAGGAAGGGUUAGAGGAGAUUGGUUGGGAAAAACAAUAUUUGGAUUCCGACAAAAACCCAAACGACUUUGGCUCUCUGAUUCAAACCCAAUAAUCGGUUCUGUUUUGGGGCAGAGAAAAAACAUACAAAUAAAUAACAUGAAAAAAUGGUAUGUUUUGGAUGGUGGUUGGGUUUAUAUCUAUGGAUAUAUCAAAACCCCAGUCUCUCUCAGGGCUCAAAGAGAACCAUAUGUUUGGAAAGCAACUGGAACAAGGAAAGAGGGAUAGAUGUAAAUCCAUUGCAGUACCUCAACGUGUUCAGUUCUUUUGGGUUGCCUCCCUAUUUAUAAUCAGUAAAAUGACCUAGAUUUCUGUGUGUUGAAACAUGUUUGGUAUAAAACGUACUGUUUGUGGAGUAACCAUGCACAGCCAACACUCUAUGUGUAAGCCACACAUAACACACAUCAUUAAGUAGUUAUGUCCAUUCAUCCUGUGUGCAGAGGAUGUAACCAAUAGACCAGUAGAGUCCGGAGCUUUGUUCUUGCACAGUCUUCCCUUGUCCGGUGAUGAUAUGUGAGGUUAGAGAGUGUGUGUUCAUUACUCCAUCAUGAAUGGGCCAUGGGACUGUAGAUGAAAGCAUGCCAGCUGAUGAUCAGUGGGCCCCACCCCGGUCGGUAAUUCGACCAUGCUUACUUCAAGUUUAGAUAGCUGGCCGCUAGUCUAACUUACCAAUCUAAAACAUGUUUGCUGAUAUGGGCUAAUUAAGUGACUGCUGAUGCACAACCAAAAUUUUAUUCUAUUUCUAACUCUCAACAGUAAGUUGAAACACUGACAAUGUUUUUUAUUUGUAUUAUUAUUUAUUUUUUAUAUAUUGGUCCACAGGCCGCCAGUUGCCCAUCCCGGAUUUAGGCUUAUCCCUGCUAUGAAAACAAACUGUUUGAUUAUUUGAUGAUGAAUAAGCACUACCUGCUGUGUGUCUCCCAGCACUGCUCUGAACAUGAAGGAGCUCAUCUCAGAUCAAUACACACCAGCGAUGACUCACAAUCCCCCUGCCAUGCGCACACACACACACACACACUUCAAAACCCGGCUGUUACGCGGGGGACCCUUUGUGUGUGUAUGUGUGUGAUUAAUGAUAGAGCACACUAAAUCACACACGCAUACACACACACACUACAAUGGGAACAAUAGGAACAUCAACUCUAAUGGUUGCUGCAUGUUAUUCAUGUGUUGCUAUCUGGGGCCUUCCAUUCAGCAGUGAAUGAACAGUCAAAGCAAUGGGUUUGGUGCUUUAUGCUUCUAGCACCACUAGUCCCAAAGAACAUUGAGUACAAACUCAAUGGGUGGUUUAUAAAUCAAUGUUUCUGGACUUAAUGAACAUGAUUCAUACAAUCAGUGAUUGGAGAAUGAAAAAGAAUAUGAAGACUCAAUACUGAUUACAUGCAUUGUUUGCUGAAUUACUUUUCAAUGAUUUUGAGCACUGUAGUGGACGCUCUAACUCUCUCUCUCUCUUUCUUCUCUGUCUCUCUGACAGAACUCCAUCCGGCACAACCUCUCCCUCCACAGUCGUUUCAUCCGUGUCCAGAACGAGGGAACGGGAAAGAGUUCCUGGUGGAUGAUAAACCCGGAGGGAGGAAAAGGCGGGAAGGCCCCCCGGCGCCGUGCUGUCUCCAUGGACAACAGCAACAAGUACACCAAGUCUGCCCGUGGCCGCGCAGCCAAGAAGAAGGCGGCCCUCCAGGCAGCGGCGGCCGGCGAGGGGGGCGGAGACAGCCCCUCAGGGCUUUCCAAGUGGCCAGGCAGCCCCACAUCACGGAGCAGUGAGGACCUGGAUGCCUGGACAGACUUCCGCUCACGCACCAACUCCAACGCCAGCACGCUGAGCGGGCGCCUCUCGCCCAUCCUGGCCAACCCAGAGCUGGACGAGGUGCCGGACGAUGAACCGCAGCUGUCACCCAUGCUCUACUCCAGCCCUGGCGGGGCGCUGUCGCCCGGGAACACCCCCACGCCCAAUGGGAAGGCAGUGCCCGCAGAGCUGCCCCGCCUGGCAGACCUGGCAGGAACCAUGAACCUGAACGACGGGCUGACGGAUGACUUGAUGGAUGAGCUGCUGGAUAACAUUACUCUGGCCCCCAACCCAACCGGACCGACCACCCAGAGAGGAUCCACCGGAUUCAGUUUUGGCUCCAAGCCUGCCGGGCUGGGCUCCCCCUCCUCAGCCACCCCUCUCUCCGCUGCAUCCCCUUCUAAUGGUGCAAGCAGCGGUGGCUACAAUAAUACAAUCUUCGGGCCCCUCGCAGCGGGCUCCUCCCUGCGGCCCGCCCCCAUGCAGACCAUCCAGGAGAACAAGCAGACGUCCUUCUCCUGCAUCUCCCGCUUCGGCAGCCAGACCUUGCAGGACCUGCUCAACUCAGAGGGCCACAGCCACAGUGACGUCAUGAUGACCCAGUCCGACCCGCUGAUGUCACAGGCCAGCGCCGCCGCCGUCAUCUCCCAGAACUCCCGGCGAGGCCUCAUGCUCCGCAGCGACCCCAUGAUGACCUUUGGGAUCACGGCGGCUGGCCAGGGAGGGCAGGGGGGGCUCUUGCACCCCCACAACCACAUCCAGGGCUCCCUGAGGACCCUGAACGGGGGUCUGAGCCUGAACAACGAGGCCAACGCCAAGCAGCAGCUCCUGCACUCUCCACUGGGACUUGGAUCCAACGGAUCCUCCAUGAUGCAGAUUGACUCGUCUCUCUUCCUGAACGGGAGCGCUGGUGGCAGCGGUGGGAUCUGCUUGCUAGGCCCCGACCGCUUUCCCACCGACCUGGACCUGGACAUGUUUAACGGGAGCCUGGAGUGUGACAUGGAGUCCAUCAUCAGAAACGAGCUGAUGGACGCAGAUGGCCUGGACUUUAACUUUGACUCUCUGGCCAACCUGAACGGAACCAACCUGGGCAGCUUCACCAGCACCAAGCAGGGACCCCAGAACUGGGUCCCUGGCUGA